AGACCCAACGCUUUUCAUUCGUCGUGUGUGCUGUUCGCGGUGCCAGCGCGCUGAGUUUUUAUAUUAAUAUUUAAGGCACAAUUUUUGCACACUUAUGCAAAACGUUCUUAGUCAAAUAAAGUAACUGUGUGCGAUGCAUUAAGUCAAUGUGAUAGCAGCGCCACAUAGUUAACACCAAAAGUGUUCAAUUUUUAUCAAAAUAUUCCAAGCGAUUGCGGCAAAAAAAAAAAAAACAAAAAAAAAAGGGAAACCCGAAACGAAUUCCAAGAAUUCCCAAGCAUAUAAUCAAAAUAUUCAAAUUUAACGAAUUGCCAAAGCUUUAAUAGGCAAAUUAAUUUUAAAUUGAUUAUAAGGUAGUUAAAGAAAAAAGCAAAAACAAUCGUUAGUGCAGAAAAACGAAGCUAGACCAACCGAUCCCCCGACAGAGGGUGGAAAACCGUGAAAAGUGUUUGUGUUUGCGUGUAUGGGUGUGUGUUGAAGUGUGUGUAUAAAAAACGAAAAGAAAAAGAAUUGAGGAAAACCGUUGCGAAAAAUGUGUGAGCAACAAUUGAAGGUUGUUUCCGUUCGUCCCGAACGGCAUGCGUAGCCAGGCUUUAAAUCCAGUUUUAUGCGCGAGGCAAAAUUGUAUCGACAACAACAAGACGAAUAAGAAGAAGAAGAAGAAGACGAGCCACAACAACAAACUUCAAAUUGCUCUGUGGACCCUUUUCGCCUGGCACUCAGCACGCAAUUCGCCGCCGCUGCUGUCGCCGCCCGCAGUGGUCUCUGCUGCCACCGCCGCCUGGUGGUUAUUCCUGUUUGACUUCAUUUUCGCUCGCUGCCAAAUUGCUGCCACUUUCGCCGCAAACUUAUAAACAACAACAAUAACACAACAGUCAAAAUGUCGACGCGUUCGCAAUUAACCAAGGACCUCAAUGAAAGCGUUAAAUCCAUUCUGGGUCGGCACACAAAGAUCUUGGUCAAGUAUAUGGUCAAAUUGGAAACGAAAGGCGAUAAAACAGAGAAUCGUGUCUUGGUUUUUACGCCGGUUCGGGUUUAUUUGCUCAGCGCCAAAGUGCCCACAAAGAUCGAAUGCCAUUUCCAUUAUCUGGAUAUUGUGGGCGUUGAGAGCAAAAAGUCAACACAUUUCUCGAUCAUCACAAACGAUCGUCCAUAUUCGUUUGUCACCACCGGCGAUGCGGGCAACUUUAGCUCGAAUGCUGAUGUCAUAUUGACCGAUCUAGCCUCGGCGAUCAAGCAAAUAUUUCCAACAGUUCCUCUCAAGUACAUCAUUAAAAAGAUCGACAUACAGCCACCGGAGCGAGAGACAAUAUUCUCAGAGGAAUUUCGUCCCUCGGAUCCGCGUAAUGUUGGUCCCUGCGGCGGCUUUAGCGCUCAAUAUGCCUGCAUGUGCGAUUUCCAUGGCGUGCCCUAUCGCGAGGAGGUGGCCUGGGAUGUGGACACGAUUUACCUGUCCCAUGACACACGGCUGCUCAAUCUGCGCGAUUUCGAUCAUCUGGAGCCCAAAGACUUGAUGGCCAUUGUCUCGGCCCUGGAGUAUAAUACGUUUUUUCGUGGCUUAAAGGCGGCUCACAUGCGUCUCUCCCACGAGACGCUGGAGCGCAUUCUGCACGUGCUCAAGCGUUCGAUGUGGCUAGAGGAGCUGCAUCUGGAGGCACUAGGUUUAAGAUGGGAUUUCUUGAAUAAGCUAUCCAUAUCUGUGAUUACGAACAGCAGUCCAGCGAUACGCACCAUCGAUUUGAGUCACAAUAUAAUCGAGGACAAAGGCGCUAUACAUUUGGCUGGACCCAUUGCCAAGGUAUCGAAGGGUCUCUGCAAAUUGGCCCUUGCCCAUUGUGGACUCACCUCGAAGGGUGUCAAUCAGAUGUCGCAUUCGCUUUCGCUCAAUCAAAGUAUUCCCAACUCGCUCACCUAUUUGGAUCUGAGCGGUAACAGUCUCAAGGAUGAUAUAACCAAUUUGCACAAUUUCCUGGCUCAACCAAAUGUGCUGGAGCAUCUAGAUCUGGCAUCGACUGAUAUUACGCUAGAAAAUCUGUUUGGAGCUCUGUUGCGAGGCUGUGCCACGCACCUGUCUCACCUGAAUGUCUCGCACAACUCGUUCAGUACGAAGAAGGGCAAAGAGAUACCGCCGUCAUUUAAGCAGUUCUUUACCAGCACGCUGAGCCUGAAGCACUUGAACAUAGCCGGCUGCAAGCUGCCAAUGGAGGCGCUGAAGAAUCUGUUGCUGGGCCUCGCCUGCAAUGAGUCGACGGCGGGACUCCAUCUCGAUCUGAGCAGCAACACGCUGGGUGCUCAAGGUGCUCACGUUCUGGAGUCCUGCAUACACGGCGUGCGUGUGCUUCAGAGCCUGGACAUCAGUGACAAUAAUUUGGAUGCGGAGCUGGCGCCUGUGCUGUCAGCCAUAUCGAAGAAUCCUUCGAUACGAUCGCUGUAUCUGACGCGCAGCAUGACGGGCAUGAAGCCCAAGCAUAUACCCACAGUCAUGGAUGCCCUGGUGAAUCUCAUCCAAAAGGAUGAUUUCCCACUGGUGGAGCUGGUGCUGUCGGAGAACAAGUUGAAACACGAUCUGCACGACUUCAUCAAUGCCUUGGGCAGCAAUCAGAGCCUGCAGAAACUGGACAUCAGCGGCAACUAUAUGGGCGAUGUGGGUGCUCGACUCCUGGCCAAGGCGCUGCAGAUCAAUAAUCGACUGCGCACCAUUUACCUGGACAAGAACAGCGUCACCCUGCAGGGAUAUGCGGAUAUUGUUUAUGCCUUGGAGCAUAAUCAUUGCAUGCGGACGAUUCCAUUUCCGGUAUUUGAUAUAGCGCCGCAUCUGAAGAAUCAUCCGGAGAAAACGGAUACCGUAAUGCGAAAGAUGCAGGAGCUGCUGCAGCGCAACUGCAACGGGCUGAAGCGUGCGAAUGGCCAAGGAUUUAGGCUGCAGCACGGCUUCAUGCUCUCCUCCACACACCAGCUGGUGGACAAGCUGGUCGCUGAGACACAGGACACCCUUUCGAUAGCCAAAGGAGGCGGCGACAAUGUCUCGGCGGUGCAACGUCUGAUCACAGAUGCAGAGAACUGCAAGCAGCUGAUGCCCAAACUGCAGGAGGCUGUGCGCACCGAUGCGCAUCCCAUCGAAACGAAGCUGACCCGUGUCGCCAGCGAACUGAGCUACACGAUUCGCAGCUAUCUGGAGGAGACACUGGAGACCAUGAUACGCACGGGCAUCGAGCAGUGCCCCAAAACGCUGGGCAAUCAAAUUGUUAUACAAGAUCUGCGCAAAGCGCUCAACGAGCGGCUCCUGAUACCCGAAGAUUUUCUGCAAAACUGUUUGCUCAACAAUGCCGGCAGCGAGAUUAUGAACAAAGUUGGUGAAAUCGAGCAAUCGCUAGCAGCUGCCAUUUCGGAUCGUGCUACAGAUGAGGUGCUGGAGGCGCUGACACGCUAUCGUCGCGGUCAUGGCAUAUCGGAAUCGCCAUCGGUGCUGCUGGAUGAGCCGCAGACGCCGGACAUUGUUCGCAGUCGUUCCAGUCAUGAAGCUGAGGGCCUUAUUAUACGACCCGGCGGACGUGGCUCGGUUUUGCCCAAACUGGGCCUGGAAUCGCCCACUAAAUUGGAAUAUCUGAACCUUGCCACGCCUCAUUUGCCAUCGAAACGUCGCUCAAUCGCCCGCAAGGUGCGUCCCCAAUCGGUGGUGGAGAAUCUCAGCUUGAGCCACAUUCCCGAUCUGCUGGAGUCGCCUUCGUCGCAUCGUUCCAACUCACAGCUGACAUCGCGUGGUGGAAUCGGUGCCGCUGCAGCAGCAGCCGGUGGCGGCGCCUCGGCUGUGAACAUGAUGUCUAGCAGCAUCAGCAAUGCGGCCAUGGAUGAUGGCAACGUGGAUGAGGGCUGUGACUCCAUAACGGAGCUGCCCAGUGCCUCGUUUCAGCUGCAGCAUCUUGUCAAGGGACGACCCAAGCGGGCCAAGACGCGUGCCCCAACUCGUCCGCUCGUGAAUGCGGAAUGCGCUGUCGGCGCAGUCCGAGACAUUGGCGAUGGCCUGGAGCACUUCUUUCGGCCCGGCUCGGUGACGCCCACAACGCUAACGCCCCUCGUGUCGCCCACAUCCGAGGAGUGCAGCUCACUGUCAUUCGUGGACAGCCCAACGAUGAGUCGCGAUGGCAACGGCCACAUGACCUCAGAGGAGACAACGCCCAUACUGGAGGAACGGAGGCCCAUCAAACUGGAGCGCCAGUCGCCCUUGCUCAAGAGCGCCUCCUGGGCCACACGUUCGCGUUCCACGGACAAUCUGGAGAAAUAUUCGCCGCUGGUGGGUCGCAAAUCGCCGCUGGUCAAAAUGCGCACAGAGGGCGGAGCAGGCAAUGAGGAGGCAGCAACCACAGCCGCACCCACUGGAGGUCUACUGAAGGCAGCCACGCGCGACGAGAAGAUGCGCUCGCCCAGCAGCGACUCGAUCAAGAGCCAUGCCGCUGGUUCCAGCUCCCUGACCGUAGGCACCGAUGGCAGUCUGUUGGUGAAGACAGCCACCGGCAAUGGCAUCUUGCGCACGCCCAUUGCGCUGCAGAAGCCACGACCCUGGUCUGUCGUGGGCACCGAGCCGAAGGUCAACGAACAGCUGGCCACGGGCAAUGGCAGCGUGGACUCUACCAAGACAACGCCGGAUACGCUGGAAGAAGAUGUGGAGGUGCUGCCAUUUGUUCAGGGCGCAGGCGGCUCCAUUGUGGGCAUAACACCGGGCAUUGCUUUGGCAUCGGGCGGCAGCGGCGGUGGCAGCAUUGUAGGCAUAACGCCAGGCGCUGCUCUGGAGAAGAAGUCGGUGCGAGAGCUAGCCGCAGGCCUCAGUCGUUUGGAUCUGCCCAUCAAGCCGCCCAUCAUGCCACGAACUAUGUUGAACACAGCCAAUCGUUCGAGCAACAUCAGCAACGCCAGCAGCACAGCCAGCAACAACAGCACAACGACGACAGUAUUAAACAAUCAGACGCGCUCGAAGAUUAUCAGCACGAGUAGUACCAACACCGAGACGCAGGAGACGCUCAGCAAAACGAUUAUAACUGAGCAUGGAAACACCAGCAGUAGCAGCAGCAGCAGCAGCAGCAACAGCAGCAGCAGCAGCAAUGCGCACAGCAUCUCAAGCUCAAGUUCGAGCAACAGUCGUGCCAUUGCCUGUGCGAAUCUGAUUAGCAAUGAGAUUCUGAGCAUGCGCAACGGUCAGCUGAACAAGACGAACAGCUGCGCUGAGAGCAGUACUAAGAGAAUUGCGGGCAAAGAGAUAUCGACACUAUUCGAGGAGACAUUAGUUGAAGGCCUGCAACGCACCUCGACGAGACGCACGUUUAGAGACUCGCCCUAUACGAAAGAGGAUGUCGUUGAUUUAUAAAAACUGUCUAUUAUAUAUAGUAUAUAUAUAUAUAUAUAUAUAACUCAACAUUCCUCCUUGAUAUCCCCGAUUUCCCUUCGAAAAUCACCAGACUUCAAGUUAUAAUGAUAAUGUUUAUGAUAAUAACGGUAAAGAUAAUGAGCAAAACGGUUGCAACUAUUCGUACUGAACAAUUUAAUUAAUGUGCAAUGACGCCAGCAUGUAUGUGUGUGUGACUGUGUGUGAGCGAAUGUGUGUAAGUCUGUCAGCGAGUGUGCAUGUGUGUGUGUGUGU